UCUGAGCUGCAGAACAUCCCUGCAGAGGAUCCUGAGACAACAAUUGCAUCUCUCACAAUCUCUGCCCCAGGUACCAUGAAGAUCUCCACAGCUGUCCUCACUGUCAUCCUCACUGCUGCCACCCUCUACGCUCCUUCAUCUGCCUCCCCACGUGGCUCGGACACCACUCCCUGCUGCUUUGACUACCUCUCCUUUACACUGCCUCGUGUUCACAUCAAGGAGUAUUUCUACACUAGCAGCAAAUGCUCCAACUUUGCAGUCGUUUUUGUCACCCGAAGGAACCGUCAAGUGUGUGCCAACCCAAAGAAGAAGUGGGUUCAAGAAUACAUCAACUAUUUGGAGAUGAAGUAGAAUAGAGGGUUUCUCCAGCUUCAUCCUGUAUAACUUACCUAUCAUUGCUUGCUCUAGUAAUAACCAGCUUGGGGAUGCCACUCAGCAACCCCCUGCUCCCACUCAUUCCUGGGAGGGCAUAGAUGCUACCAUACCAUAGAGAUUGUAACAACGUUCUCUUCUAGAGCCUGGGAGAUCUGCUGAGGCCCUGCCCUGUGACAACAGGAAGUAACCAGGCUCUGAGUUUCAGGCUCCUCAGCUUGGUUUGGGAGCAACAACAACAACAGCAAAAAGCCUGUGUAUCUCUCAAGCAAGGAAAGCAAAUGGAGACCCAUUUGCAAAUAUUCAUACCUUAGGCCCUCACAGGCUCUGCACAGCAAACCCAAGAAACCAGCACUUCAUUAAAAUUCUGAUGCAAGGACAAA